GCAGGUGCCGGGCUGGCGGCGGAGUGUUCCCUGGCCAGCGGAGCUCGCGCGUCCUGCGCCCGGCCAUGGCCCCGCCGCCCCGCGCCUACAGCCCGGCCGAGGUGCGGCAGCGCUGCGCCCAGGGCGCCUGCCUGGUGCUGCGGGGCCGCCGCCUCUACGACCUGAGCGGCUUCGUGCGGCUGCACCCGGGCGGCGAGCAGCUGCUCCGGGAGCGGGCGGGCAGCGACGUGAGCGCCGCGCUGGAGGGGCCGCCGCACCGGCACUCGCGCAACGCGCGCCUCUGGCUGGAGCAGUACUACCUGGGCGAGAUGGGCCCGGCCCCCGCGCCGGAGCCGCAGAGCCUUCUUAAGACCGAGAAACCAGUAAAUUCCACAGCUCAGACAACAAACCAUAGGAUGGAUCCUAGAUGUAAAACAGUAGAUCCAGAUAAGGAUCUCGUGGACUGGCACAAACCAUUGCUCUGGCAGGUGGGCCAUUUGGGGGAGAAAUAUGACGAGUGGGUGCAUCAGCCUGUGGACCGGCCAAUUCGCUUGUUCCACUCAGAUUUCAUAGAGUCCCUCUCUAAAACAGCAUGGUACAUCGUUAUCAUGGUGUGGAUCCCUGUGGUGCUGUAUCUCAGCUGGUUCUGUUACGCGUCUCUUGCGCAGGGAACUACCAGACUCUUCUCGUCAUUCACAACAGAGUACUCCAUCCCUGUGCACAAGUACUUCUUCCCAUUCAUCUUCGUGCUGGGAAUGUUCCUGUGGUCCUUAGUAGAGUAUCUCAUCCAUCGCUUUCUCUUCCACAUGAAGCCACCUGCUAGUAACUAUUAUCUCAUCACACUGCAUUUCUUGUUGCAUGGCCAGCAUCACAAGUCUCCAUUUGACAGCUCCCGUCUGGUCUUCCCUCCCGUGCCUGCAUCGCUGGUGAUUGGGUUUUUCUACACCCUCUUGCGCUUGCUCCUGCCUGAAGCACUUGGCAUGUCCAUAUUUGUCGGCGGGCUGUUUGGUUAUGUUGUCUACGACAUGACUCAUUACUACCUGCACUACGGCUCGCCAAAGAAAGGCACCUACCUGUAUGGGCUGAAGGCUUAUCACGUGAAGCACCACUUCGAACACCAAAAAUCAGGCUUUGGCAUCACCAGCCGAUUUUGGGACCGUCCAUUUAAAACACUAAUCCCAGAAGAAACCUUUGAGAAAGAGGAUUAACAUCUGUGGCUCCCCUGCUUGGCAUCUGGCUCCUGUGUCCCUGGUGUGUCAUGCUGCCACCUCCCUUUCCACCAGCACAGGACAUUGUGGGAGGGCGUCCACCUUUGCAGAACUGAAUGACUGGGGGUAAAAGCCCCUUGACCAUGGAGGGAGAACUCUGCUCUGUGUUGCUGGCUUCUGUCACUCUGACCUCACGGCCUCUGCCCAGCUCCUGGGAGGCUGCGGCGCCUGUGAGUUAAAGGCAGGUAUUUCUCCCGAGAGGGAUCUACACAGUGUUCUCUAAUGAUGCCUCAAAGGUCGUCAUGCCACUCAGCGUGGAGCAGUAACUUUGCGUGUUUGCAGCGAGUCCGCCAGGAGAAGAGGUGGCUGCUAUGUAAGUGCUCUGGGUUUCUUUGCUCUGAGCUCAUCGGCAAGGAGGGAGGAAGGAGUGGGGACAAGAACUAACUGCCAAGCCUUGAGCUGCAUCUAAACCAUCCUUGCAACCUGCGUUGUAAACACCAGAGCAGGCUGCAGCCAGCUCCGGGGGGGGGAGCUGCGGCUCAGGGAGACUUCAGAUCCCAUGAUGCACUAAAUUCUGCAUCCGACUGUCCUGGCCCAGUGCUGAACUGGCCGCUCUGGUCAAGGGGAAGCAUUGCAUGCUGGGACCUGUAUUCUCUAUGGGUGGCAUCUUCCCAUUCAAGAGGGGAAAGGGGAGUCUGGGCCUUAGGGGAAGACGCGGCAGGCAGCCACAUGCAGCCCCGCUGUUGGCGCUGGAGUGAAGGGAUGGAUGCUUCAGCUCUCCAAAUGCCAGGGGCUGGCCCCACUCCCAAGGGCUUGUUAAUUCCAAGUAAAGCAUGGCAGUACACAGAGGAGGAGGGGCUGCCGCUCUGUUGGACACUGGCUUCACAUCCUGCUCGGCAGUCGGGGCCCAGUGGGAGGUGAGGACCCUGUGCUGCCACUUGUCCCCCAGUGCGUUAGCCGUGCAGUCAGAAUCCAGCCCACCCAGCGCGCACACGCAUUAGGUACAAAGCUUUUGGCUUUGGUGCCACAUGGCAAAAUCGUGCCUGCGACACCGUCCCCCCCCCCCCCCACCACACACACACUUGGAACCAGCCUGUCCAUCAUGGCCCCUGCUCUGUGUGCCGGAGAAGGUGCGUGGGCUGCAGCACCAAAACCCUGCAGAUUGCAACCCCUUCCUGAGGGGUUGCCUGCCCUCCAGAGGGCAGAGUACCCCGGCUCACUGCACUGCCAGUCUGACGCAUCUCCUGCUUUGGUGUCUGAGUGGAGAGGAACCUGUGGCUGAAGGGAGCUCUCUGGGCUCGGUGGGCAGAGGGAGAGGAAUUGGAGCAAUGAUGCUCCGGCUUCUGCCCCUGCUCAGGCCCCUUCCCUCUGUCUAGUGGGUUUGUUAGGGGUGGGGGUAGAAUAUCUGUUCUCCCUGCCCCAACUUCAAUCCUUGCAACAGCCAAAGCGAAGGACACUGCCUGUCCAGGCCAGACCCACUGGAAGCUAGGAGUCCCUGAGCCCCGGGGAGGAGGAGGGUGCUGCAGUGAAUGGCUGCCCUAGGGCCUGCUGGGAGCAGAACUCCCUCCUUUCCCAUCUGAUCUUCCCAGCUGUGGGGCCAUGGACUUUCCUCUGGGGCUCCAGAGGUGGGGUGGGGUGUUUUGAAUAUGGAUGCCGGUGACUCCAGGAGCCACUGAGGGCCCCUCUGAGUCAGGCUGAGCUCUUGGGCCACGGCACGGCCUGCAGAGCCGGAACUGCCCUUCCAGCUCUGUCGGGGAUGGGCAACACCCACUGUCUCCUGCCUCCGUUGGCCCUGCCCAUUCUGCCCAGCGUCUGGCACUGGUGGCUGAGUGCAGACACGGGUGGGGCACUGGGACUCCCUGAUGGGUGCUCUGUGCUGUGGCACACCUCUGGGCCUGUUGGCUCCCUUGUAGAAGAGGAAAACGGUGCUGCUGUCUUUCCCCUUGGCUCUCGGUUCCAUGCCUUUACCUGCCCCCUCCCAUAAGGGGGGAGGAGAGCGGGGAGAGAAAUGAGAAGGAGCUUGUUUGGCUCAGUCAUCUGGCCACACAGCAAGUGAUGGAGCCAGCAGCCUUUGCCAGGGCUCUCCUGAGUCCUAUCCCAAGACUCUUUUUCUGCAUCUGCUGCCGGCAGGUUCGGAAGCAUCUGGCUCACACCCUGCCCCUCAUGGGAUUCAGGUCUUACAGUAGCAGAGGUGCCAUCUGCUUUCUGUGUGAGUGCCACCCGUGCCCAGUCCCAUGCUGGAGAGAGACACCAGCUGGGCGAGUGCUCAGAGUUCCAGGAGAAGUCUCGCUCCCCUUAGAACUAGCUUAACAUCUGGCGCUGCUACGUCCUAGGUUUGGGGCCAGGGGGCUCUGAGAACUCUGCCCUUCUCAGGGUGGGCUGGACUGUCCACAGUUGACUUGCCAAGGUAGGGGGUUCUUGGAUCCCCAGACUUUCCUUCCCCUCCCCCAUGGUGGGCCACUGAUACACGGGUGGAAUCUGCUGCACAGCAGGCCCUGAUAGAUGAAGUGGCAAAUGUGCCCCCGCCCCACACUUCCUGCCCUCCCCUUCUUGGGGCUGCUGCAGGCAUUCCCACUCUUUCUGCUCCUCCUCGGCUGGCAGUGUUCCCUAGCCCUCUCUCUGCCUUGCCAGCCCAGCACUCUCCUGCCAUGCGUCUCCUUCCCAAAUUCAGCACCUGGCUCCACAGCCCAGCCGCCGGAGCAUCCAAAGUGUAGCUAGCUGCCUCCACAAGACGGCACUGACUGCUCCCUUGAGGAGACCGUGUUCAUAUGGGGUCCAGUACCCCCCCCCCCGACGUCGGACUCCGGGCCGUUUGUUGAGCAUCGUGCAGUGUUCAUGACUUUUGAUGUUAAAUAAGCUCCUAGAGUCUGGAAGCUGCUGCUAACAUACUUGCCACAAACCUUCAGCUGACUAACCCCUGGACAUAUGACAGCUCCUGUAUUGCAAACUAGGCCGUGCCCUGGCACUACCUUCCCCACCCCAAGAUCUGAGCACAUGUGACAUUGACCAGAUCACUUCAGAGGGGGCUUUUUUCAAGUCAACCCCCUAAGCUGGGAUCUGGGGCGGAUCCCAGCUGUGGGGGGAGUUGCUUGGGGAGCCCAGCUGAGCCAGGGGUAAGGCUCUUGGAGUUUUGUCUUGCUGCCUUCUAACCCAGUGCACAAUAUCUUUUUUGCCAGAUUUAUCCUGUUAAUGUUUUUUGUAGACAUUGGCUACUUGAAACUUAAACUCCAAUGAACAUAAUUACUAAGAGGCCUCUUAUUUUUGAUGAUCCUAUGAUUUGUUUUUCCCUAAUGUCUACUGCUGACGUUGAAAGGUUUGAAAUAAAAUUAUCCAUAAAACUGUAGACGUGACAUAAUUGUAAAUAAACUGUAUAUUUUGAGAAAAAAU